CUAAGGGAUAAGAAAGAGAACUCAGUUCUCAAGGUUCCCAAGCCAGGCACCACUCUUCCGUUCUGUCUCCUCCCAAAAUUCCAAUUAUUUCUGUAUGUGUGCUGAGUUAUGUGGCUGAAGUGGGGGAAAACUUUAUUGAGAGUCAGUCUUGAUCAAGAGGUCUUUCUAAUUCCUUUGCUUCAGACAGUUAAGGUUGGAUUUCCAUUUUCAGUACUGCCAAAUUUGGCUGUGACUUUAGUGACUUCCAGGCACAAUUCCAUUUUUACUUAGUCUGUUUACAGUUUUCCUCGACAGUCAGUGAUUGAUUGUCCUGUGUUAAUCCAUGGUAAUUAGCGGAAGGAAAGGAAAUGUGCUGAGAUGCUUAUUCUUGAUUUACCUGCAGGAAGCAGUGUAAGCCAGUGUAAAACACAAGCGAUUCUGAAGCAGCGAGCAAGAUGAUACAGAGUAGUGUUUUGUCUGGAGUGCUAAGACAUGGCUUUGAAAGGUUGUGGGUAGUUUCAGAAGUUUGGUUAUCUUAACUUGUUGCUUAACCAGGAGUAUUUUGGUGGUGAUGGAUAGUCAAAUCCCUUGACAGGAUUGACUGACCAUAAUUUGGUGUGUACAGAUCACAGCUUGAAGGCAGCUCCUAAGGUAUACGGGUGGAUUUAGACAAGCCAGAAUCAGUUUUCUUAUCUAGUUAAGGGAAACUGCGAAGAUGACAGUAGUGGACAGAAGUUGGAGUAAGGCAUUGUUGAAUCAAUCAGAAGAAAUGGUUGAGGGAAGAAUUUGGGUUUUAAACCUUUUCCUGCAUUUGGGCAUGGAAGAGGAGCACCACAGAUAAGAAUCUAACACGUGUUUUUCUUGUUUUUUCAAGGACCUGCCCUUCCAACUUAAAGCCAGUAUGGCCCAUGAAUGCAACCAAAAUCGUAGACCACCAUGACCUGUUGCCAGAAACUAAAAGACCAGUUGGAGCUGUCUCACAACAGGGUUUUUAUAGUAGCGAAUCUGUAUCUGCUGCUGAAAAACACAUUUGGAUUUCAAAGGCAAGUCAAAACCCGUAGUGGGCCUGCCAGCGAACUUCAUGUUAGACUCGAAGAAUGUUAUGAACAGUGGAGAGCUUUGGAGAAAGAAAGAAAGAAGACUGAAUCAGCUCUUGCUAAGAAUUUCCAAGGGAAAAAGGUUUCCAGUGCUAACAACACUCCGAUUCCAAGGCUGACAUCAAACCCAUCAAGAGUUGAUCGCUUAAUUGUGGAUCAGCUGCGUGAACAAGCCAGAGUUGUGACUUUACUUGGAAAAAUGGAGCGCCUUCGCAGUUCUCCCCUUCAUGCUAACAUUUCUACUGCUCUUGAUAAACAUCUGGAGGUAAUUCAUGUAGUGCAGUCGCGUAGAAAAGAUGAAAUUGUAAAUGCUUCAAAUCGACAGAGGCAAGGAGCUCCCAGAUGCCAAGAUGACAGAGAUGUGUUUGCUCUUGCUUUGGCAAUUAAAGACAUGAGCGUAGCAACACGUAAAGCACGUACAACUCUCUGGUGCGCGCUCCAGAUGACCUUACCGAAAUCUUCAGCUGGAAAACUAGAUCCAGAGAAAGCUCUUCGGGAGACUGAGCAACCUGAAGAAAAAGUGUGCGAAAACACAAACAACUGUGGCAUCCUAAAUCAGAGGGCUGAAGUAAGCAAGCACUAAUGAAAUACCAGUUGCAUGCAAAAAUACACUCUGCAGUGUGUAUGUAUGAGAGAUGAUUGAUACAUUAAUUCUUUUUAAUUAUUUGUAAAGUUUGAACUACUAAUAUUCAUAUUUAAACCUGUAUCUUGAUGAGAAGUUGAAUUUGCUUUAAGGGCUCUCGGGUUCUACUUAAACUGUUAACAUGACAGUCAGCAUCAGAAUAUUGUAAAGCCAAACUGGUGAAUGCUAACUUAAAAAAUAAUCAGACUAAUUAAUUAACAGCCAAGACAUUAUUUAACUUCUGCAAGGGAACCCUGGUGUACAACUCUUCUGAUAACUUCUUUUAGUUUUGCUUUAGGAAAUAGGUUUCAAAAUAAUGAAUCUUAAAGACUGUAGUCUAAUGGGGUGUCCGGUUAGUAUCAGAUAAGAUUGUGAUGUAAAAAUGGUUUCCUUAUCGGACUAAAACCUGGAAACAGGAGGAAAAAUGCUAAGAAUACCCAAUAUUCAUGUAAAAUUAAAUAUUUAAAAUACAAAUAUUUAUGAAUUUGAGAUUUUAGAAUCUUAAGUUUGUGAAAGGAGAUGCACCGGGUUCUACUAAAUUACUGGUAUGACAAAAUUGCUGUUGUGAAACCAUGCAAUUUAGUAAAUGUGUUCAAAUCAUUUGGGCAUGCUCUUGGGAAGAAAAGAACCUCUGUUUUAAAGUAUUUAAACAUAAUCAAAAUAUAACAUGCACACAGGAUUAUCCUUUAAAAAGCUGUGCAGUAGCUGAAAUAAUGAGUAUUAUUUUUAAUACCUUCAAAAUGGGAAGAGGUAUCACAAAGUUCUGAAAUUUAGGUUUUCUUGAAGUUACUCUUUCACUAGUUUGGUUUGAAAUUUGCUUGUCAUAUUUUAGACUUAUUAGUUUACCUCUGCAUUUUUUGACAGCUAUUAAUACUUGGUGUUUAUCUAUCUGCAUAUCUUAAUCUGUACGGAAUAUAAGUAACUUAUUCACUGAUACAAAAUAUUGGUAUUAUGUGGCUCAGGAGAUAGGGGGUUUUAACACUUCUAGCAUCGUGUUUAUAAUGUGUGGAUUAAAUUUAUUUAGCUGUCCUUGCCUAGAUACCCUGAUAUUUUAAAUGUCUCUGUUCUUCCUCCUUCUGGAAAUCCUGAUAUGCAAAAGGUGUGAUUGCACCACAUAAAUUGUCAUUAGAUGAUGUGAGAAGGAAACCGAAUGAGAAUGCAGCAGAAAGUGGAGUAACCAUUUUGAUCACUGAAAUGACCAAAAGCACUGCCAGAGUGAGUUCAUUGGGGCAGGAGAACAAAGCGCAUCUUCAUACCACAAGUCACUGUAUUAAGAUUUGUUAAGUUUAACCUAGGCUAUGUUGAUGUUAAAAGCAAUGCUGUACUGACUUCAGUCUGUCUGAUAAGAAAUAAAUUAGCUUUUGUUGAUGA